AUGUCAGGAAGAGGUAAAGGAGGAAAGGGAUUAGGCAAAGGAGGUGCAAAGAGGCACAGAAAAGUGUUAAGAGACAACAUUCAAGGUAUUACAAAACCUGCAAUUCGUCGUUUAGCAAGAAGAGGAGGUGUUAAGAGAAUUAGUGGUUUGAUUUAUGAAGAAACUCGUGGUGUUUUGAAGAUCUUUUUGGAGAAUGUUAUUCGUGAUGCUGUUACUUACACUGAACAUGCUAUAAGGAAAACUGUUACUGCUAUGGAUGUUGUUUAUGCUCUUAAGAGACAAGGUCGUACUCUUUACGGCUUGGGUGGUUAG